AUGCAACCUGCGCGUUCCUUGGUAUGGAAAUUCGAUUUUCGACACGUUCUUCGAGGUGCUGAAAGUUACCUACCAACUACGCAGAAUGUCCGACAACGCUGCAACUACUGCGGCAACGGGGGCCAGCAGUCCUCCCAACGCUGAUGCCAGUGUCCCACAGGCUGCUGAGCAUGACAACAAUGUCAUCAUUGCUAUCGACGACAACGUCGAUGAUGGCGCAUCAGUGAGCCACCAAAGUCUAGCUUCUUCGACCACGAGUCUAUCAAACUCAAUUUACGACUACCGAUUAGAAAAUGGACGAACGUACCAUGCACACAAGGACGGGAAAUACAACAGUCCCAAUGACGAAAUAGAACUCGAUCGACUUGACUUUCAGCACAACAUUUUCCUCCGCUCAUUCGGCGGUCGGCUUGGAACUGCACCCCCGAACGACCCGGACGCAAAGGUUGGAAGGGUCCUCGAUGUGGGCACCGGGACCGGUAUCUGGGCCGUUGAUUUCGGCGAAGAGCACCCCGAAUCCGAGGUUCUUGGUGUCGACUUGUCUCCAGUCCCGCUUUCAUUCGUGCCACCAAAUGUUCGAUUUGAGGUUGAUGACGUUGAAGAACCUUGGACGUACUCGCAACCUUUCGACUACAUUCAUAGCCGUGGGAUGACUGGCAGUAUUGGCAAUUGGGAAAAAUACGUCAAGAAAUGCUUCCGGAACUUGACUCCUGGGGGUUAUCUCGAGCUUACCGAAGGAGAUGUUAUCCCACUCUCAGACGACGGCACACUUACCGAAGACACUUCCCUUAUGAAGGCUCUUCGCUUGUGGUCUAAAGGGCUAGCUCUCUUGGGAUCACCUUUCGAGGAUAUCGGGCGCCUCGAAGGCGUCAUGAAGGAUGCCGGGUUUGAAGAUGUCCAUGUCAAGCGCUUUAAGUGGCCAACGAACAGCUGGCCAAAGGACCCAAAUUACAAGGAGCUGGGUAUCUGGACCUAUGAGAACCUUUCUCCCAACUGGGAGGGUUUCCUUAUGGCUACCUUAACUCGGGCCCUGGACUGGACGAGAGAGGAAGUCUUGGUCCUUGCGAUGGAGGCUCGCAAGGAUAGUGGCAACAAGAAUAUCCACGCUUAUUACCAGAUGUGGUCCAUUCAUGGAAGGAAGCCCUUGAAAACCGAGGAGGCCGAACCCGCGGCUUCCAACGCCACGGAAGAUUGAUUUGUUGACCGUGAACCGACACUUACAUCUACGUUGCAACUUCAACAACACGUAGAUGCUAUUACGACGAGAAUGAGAUAAUCAAAGCAAUGAGAUUCAAACCCUUUUGAAAAUACACUGAUCAUUCAUAUGCAAUUGCUUGUCUAUGACUAAGAGCAAUUUGUUUUGGACUACGGAACACAUGUUUCAACUUGGCCCAAUGUCUGACCAAUCUUCGAAGACAACCUGAGCAAUAGAACUACCCUGCCCCGCUCAAUGAUUGUAUUGAAUUGGUUUCUUCA